CCCCUCUCGAUAUCGCCCUGCAGCAAGGGGGUCCAUUGCGAUGCAACAACAACCCAAAUACCGUCUCUUCCGGAAGAAAAAAAGAGAGUCUACGUAGCGUCUCCCCCUGUGAAAGACCAACUCGAAAGCUCAGACUGGUCAGUCACCCUCAGCAGUAGCUCAGCCUGCAUCGCAGCCACAUUCGACCCCUCAGCGUCAGCCUGAGGCACAGACGGCGACACAACAACCUACUCAAGAAGAAGACUAUGGUUAUUGAGGCAAUUUUUGCCUCGCACUUUGGUGUAUCCCACGCUGAACUCGUCCCGCUGUCUCUGCUUCUCAACCUGCUGCCCCGUGAUGUAACUCUUCCUGUUCCGUAUUUCCAUCUAUAUGCAAUAUC